AUAGGUGAAUACCUGAAGCAUAAUUUCAACUCCAGCAGCAGCACUUAACAACUGCAAUCCAAUUGAAAUUUGACAUUAAUUUUUAAAAGCUACUUGCCACAAUUUAAGUCCAUAAGAUCAUUAUUUCACUUCCUUCCUUUUACACCUUCACAAACACACACUCCAUUUCAAUUUGUCAAAACUCAAUAAAAACAGUCAAUAAAAACAUCGAAUACGAAUCAGUUCGUUAAAAAAACUUUCAGUAAAUUUCAAAAACUAUUCAGCAAAAAACUAAUUCCGUUAUUUUCCUGAAGAAAGAUAAAAACUUGCGAAUCAAUCACAAAUCAAGAAGAAAGAAUGUCUCUAAGUCCGACAAAUUCAACCGAAGGAAAGGACAGCGACCAUGUCAAACGUCCAAUGAAUGCCUUCAUGGUUUGGAGUCGUGGAAAGAGGCGACAAAUGGCUCAAGACAACCCGAAAAUGCACAACUCGGAAAUAUCCAAACGACUCGGUGCUGAGUGGAAACUGUUGUCGGACUCGGAGAAACGACCAUUCAUUGACGAGGCGAAGCGGCUUCGGGCGCUGCACAUGAAAGAGCAUCCCGACUACAAGUACAGGCCUAGAAGGAAACCCAAGUCGUUUCUGAAGAAGGACAGAUAUGGGUUCCCGAUGCCAUACAUCGCCAGUUUCAAUGAUCCCCUCUCCACUGCCAGAGGACUGUUCGCACACCCAGCUGCCACUGCAGGUAUGUUCGGCUCUCUGAACCCACAAGCAGCCAGUUUCUUCAAGCCAACAGGCGUCCCUCACAGCACUCCAGGUGCCAACAACUGGUUCACGAAUCCGAUGAACUUCUUCGCUGCAAACACAGCCCCCACCGCCUCACUAGCUGCCCAGUUCUCCCCUUUCAGUGGACUAGUUCCGGACCCCGCUUUGAUCGCAUCCAAACUGGACGCCGUAAAUGCAUCCAUGGGUUCUAGUCUUCACCAACAGCAGCAGCAACAAAACCAGCAGAACUUGUUCACGGCAAAUAACUCAACAAUGAUGAACACCAACACCAGUGCAGCCUCAGUCAUAACUAGUAUCGCCAAUGCUCAGAAUGCUGCUUCAUUUCUUCCCGCGUUCUACGGGAACCUGAUGGCCGGGCAGUCCAUGUACAACAGUUCCGCUAUGGGCGGAAACAACCACAGCCAGAUACUUCAGGCCGGAAACAUGCAGAGUAGUGGAAACCGGCUGCAAAAUAACACCCAUAAUGCAAUGCAACAGCAACAAAACAACAACAGUAUUCAAAAUCAACAACAUAAUCACAGCAAUUCUGGGAUAAACUGUGGGCAAAAUAUGAUAAAAAUGAAACUUGAGGGCAAUCAAAAUGGACUUGGACAAGUUCAGGAAAACAUGGGAUCCCUUUUGGGCAUGCAGAAUCACCCCGCUGUAUCGAAUGCGACUUCAAACAACCAGUUGAAAAAUCCACUCUCCUACAUUUUGGCUCCAGUCCAGAGCAAUCCCUGAGACUCGAUACACUGCUGCGAAGUUAAAUGAAAAAAUGUGGAAGCAAAUUAUUCUCACCCGAAGUCACUCAUUUAAUUAAACUGAACAAAAGAAAACAAUUUUUGAAUAUAGUAAUUAUAAUGCUCUACAUUUUUGUAUGGAGAAAAAUAUAUUGACUUUUGUAACUAUAUCAUUAUAAAAGACAACUUGCUAUUUUUGUUAAAAAAAUCUUUUG